GGAGGGGGGGGAGGAAAAAUAGGCGUGACUUCCGCGUUUCUUUUUUACCUCCCCCAUGUUUUAUUUUCUAUUUAUUUAUUUCAUUUUUUUACAGGCAGAAAUGGAGGGUGAUGGCGUCUUGUGUGUCAUCGAGAGCACGCAGAGGGACGGGGUGAUGUAGGAAUAUCACAUUUAGACCAAAAAAUAAUAAAAUAAGGCGCGAGAGAGAGACGGGAAAAGAAAGCAGACGGAGAUUUACACAAUAGAGAAAUGAGGAGAACAAUAGACACGCGCAUCUGCGGACUUCUUGCAUUUUAAUCCGGAUUUUCUUUUUUCCUUUUUUUUUUCUUUUAUUUUGUUGACGAAUCCGAAUUUAAUACCUUGUUGGGAAGGAGUGUUUUUUUUCCCUAAGGGUGUUAUAUUAAGGCUGGGCUCGAGGAGAGAGAGAGAGAGAGAGAGAGAGAGAGAGAGGAGUAUUCACAGAUAAUUAUUUAGAGAUAAUAGUUUUUAAUCUGUGCAGAUAUUUCACUGCAUUAUUUACAUCCAGUGCACAACCUGCACACACUCUCCAGCUGCACGCGCGCUCCUUAUUUUAUUUGAUUUGAUUUUAUUUAUUAUUAUUAUUAGUGUGUGUGUGAACACAUGUAGAGAGAGAGAGAGAGAGAGAGAGAGAGAGAGAGAGGACGAGAAAAAGGGAAGGCAAGAAAAAAAAGGAGAAAGAAACAAGGAAGCAAUCCCUCUAUUCCUGUCUCCGUCUGAGCGCCUGUGCUUUUUUUUUUUUAGUGCAGAUAUUAUUAUUGUUAUUAUUGUUGUUAUUGUUAUUAUUAUUAUUAUAAAUUUUUUUGCAAGUGAAUCUAAUAAUUUCUAAUGCGCGCGCCGGGAGUAUGCGACUCGGCCCUGAUCACAGGUGAAAAAUGGCAUUAACAUUGAAUGAAACAGUAGAGAUGGUGCUUCUUGGUAGUUCUUGAGUGUAGAGGUGAUGUCGGGCAGUAAGGCUCUGGGGGGGGCGAGGCGGCGCCGUACCCGUUGCCGGCGCUGUCAGGCCUGUAUGCGCUCCGAGUGUGGAGAGUGUCACUUCUGCAAGGACAUGAAGAAGUUCGGGGGACCAGGACGCAUGAAACAGUCCUGUCUACUGAGACAGUGUACUGCCCCCGUGCUUCCUCACACGGCGGUGUGUUUUGCGUGUGGAGAAGCGGGGAAGGAGGACACUGUGGAGUCUGAGGAGGAGAAGUUCAGUCUCUCUCUGAUGGAGUGUACCAUCUGCAACGAGAUCAUCCACCCCAGCUGCCUUAAGAUGGGUAAAGCAGAAGGCAUCAUUAACGACGAGAUCCCAAACUGCUGGGAGUGUCCCAAAUGCCACAAGGAGGGGAAAACCAGUAAGGACGGCGACGGUUUGGGGAAGAGGCGGCUGGAUAACGGCGAAGUCGGCCGGUGGAAGCUCACAGACGACCCGCCGCCGAGCAAAAAGAAAGCUCCGUCUGCCGAGGAGACGCGCCAGGACGGGCAGAAGCGCAAGAAGGAGAAGGAGCUGUCUCAGGAGAGCGGGCCCAAGAAGAAGAUGAAAGGCGCUCGGGAAAAACACCUGAAAAAGCAGAAGCAGAAGCCGAACUCUUCCGACUCUGCUGAGACCAACGGGCCAAACUCCUCCUCCGGGGGUCAAGGGUCAGCCGGUGUAGGCUCAGCGACGCAGCCUCCGUCAUCGACCUCCAACCAGGACCAGCGCUCUCACCACCGGGAGAAACUGGAGCGGUUCAAACGCAUGUGCCAGCUGCUGGAGCGCACCAGAGACUCCUCCUCCUCUUCCUCCUCUUCCUCCAGCUCAGAGUCGGACUCGGAUUCCGACUCGGACUCAGACUCUGCGUCUCCGGGCGGCGCUUCUGAACCGUCGUCCCCGGCGACGGCGUACAACUCCCGAGAGAGAGAGCGCGAGAAAGAACGCGAGAAAGAGCGCGAGCGAGAGAGGAACCGGCGUCUUGCUGAACUGGGCUUCAGCGCCAGCGACGACUCGGAAGGCGAGAGGACGGGAAACGAACAGGAACAGGAAGUGACGUCAGAGGAAACUCAGCAGCAACAACAGCGCAGCCGGAAAUCCGAAAACACUCCGAGGGGGCGCAAGUCGGCUGCAGUGACCGAGAUCGAGGACGAGGACGCAGUCGGCGGCGGGGAGAAAAACAGGAAACCCGGGCUGCUGACUCCGCCCUCUCCGUCUGCCCUUUCCUCCAGUCAGCAUCAGCCUUCCAUCGGCCACGCCCACUCAGAGGGCGUGUCAAAACGCAGCAACGGACAGGAAGUGUCGCGGAACGGGCGGACUCGGAUGGAGAAAGAGAACGCCAAGAGUAACAGCGGAGGCACUAAUGCUAACGCUAAUCAUCGACACCAGACUAACAAAACGGGGCGAGCCGGAAAAACGCGUAGCGGAACGAAACAGACGCCGACGCAGACGACAGGAAGCGGGACGGCGAACGGAGGAAACGGAGGCGUCCUCCUGUCCAAUCCGGCGUCCCGCAUCGCAGCCCAGCUGACGUUUAUCUCUCCGCCCAAAGCGGUGCAGAUGGAGAGGCACCUGGUGCGGCCUCCGCCCGCCUGCCCCGAGCCGCACUGCCUCCCGCUGGACAGCGGCGCGUCUCACGUCCUGCCCCGAGACGUCUGGCUCCGAGUGUUCCAGCACCUCAACCAGAAACAGCUGUGCGUCUGCAUGAGGGUGUGCAGGACGUGGAGCCGCUGGUGCUGUGAUAAGAGACUGUGGACUCAGAUUGACCUCAGCCGUCAGAGAUCCAUCACCCCCCCAAUGCUGAGUGGUAUAAUCCGCCGCCAGCCUGUCUCCCUCAAUCUGGGCUAUACCAAUAUCUCCAAAAAACAGCUCAUGUGGCUCAUCAACCGCUUACAAGGUUUGUUGGAGUUGAAUGUAUCGGGCUGUCCGUGGUCGUCUGUCUCGGCUCUGUGUCAGACGGUUUGUCCCUGUCUGCGUCUGCUGGAUCUGAGUCGAGUCGAAGACCUGAAAGAUUCACACCUGAGGGAACUGCUGGCCCCGCCCAACUCUGACACGCGCACAGGAGAGAGCAGAGGUGGGCGGUUCCAGAAUGUUACUGAGCUGCGAUUGGCCGGUUUGGAGGUGACAGACGCGGCGUCUCGGCUGCUGGUUCGAUACCUGCCUCACCUGACCAAACUGGACCUGAGUCAGUGUGGACAAAUCACAGACCAAACCAUCAACACACUCACAUCCCCUAUAUCCCCUCUGAGAGAGAGUCUCACACACGUCAACCUUGCAGGCUGUGUGAAGGUGACGGAGCAGUGUUUGCCGUUGCUGAGGCGGUGUGUGUCGCUGCAGAGCGUGGACCUGCGCUCGUGCGGUCUCCUCCCCCCCGAGACAGAUGACAGACUGCUGCUGAAGAACAGUUAGACCCUCCAUCAUGCACACUACAGCCUACAGCACGCCGCCAAAUGAGACGCAGCCCACGGACCCAACCAUACGCACUCUGACGGGGGAG